UACUUCCUCCGCAACGCGCUCUGAAAAGCCGUUUGGGCGGUACGAUGAAGCCUCGUAUGGCAUUAAAUGGAAAUAUUAAAAAACCAACGCCUUCGAUCCUCUCUAUGGUAAGCACUAGCGCUACCAGUAUUAACGGCGGAAACGGCGUAUCGAAAGAAGAUCGAGCACUUUUGGCUCGAGCGUUGGAGCAUGCAAAGCUUGGAUUUGGGCAUACAUUUCCCAACCCAGCUGUCGGUUGCCUGCUGGUACGAGAAGACACUGGUGAUAUAAUAGGUUCCGGCUUUCACCCACGCGCGGGAUCCCCACAUGCCGAAAUAUUUGCGUUGUUGGAAGCCGCGGGUCACGUGGAGAGUGGGAUUGCGGCGGCAAAAAAUGUUCUUUAUGGAGACGUAGGCGAAGGGAAUCUGCAGGAACUCAUCGAUACAUACAAAGGAACAUCAGAAGAUGAUGCUAUCAGUGAUGGAUCCGAAAAGCUCUUCGGGAAUGCCUUCGCCGAUAUCCCUGUCACAGCCUACGUAACAUUGGAACCAUGCUGCCAUUACGGAAAGACACCACCAUGUGCAGCCUCUCUGGCACUUGCUAAGGUCAAUCGUGUUGUAGUGGGCUUUCGGGAUCCAAAUCCCCGAGUAGAUGGAGGUGGUGUCAAGGUGUUGCAAGAUGCAGGAAUCGAUGUCGACAUGGCCAAAGACAAGGGAUGCGCUCGUAUCGUCGAUUCAUUUGUGAAGCGGAUAUUGCCCAAGAACUACGACUCUGAAAAUUACUCUCAUGUAACAGGCCAGAUGCGUCGUGCCUUGAGGAAAAUGGCUGGUCAGCAAAAGAUGGAAAACACCUUGCAGCAAGUCGGAUGGAGCGCAAAAUCAAAAGCUACCACCGAAGACGCAGUAGACGAAUUAGUGCUUCCACCAGAAUGGAUCGAACACCUCGAUGCCCUCCUGUGGCAGGAAGAACUGGUCAACAUUCGACUCAACAAGGCCGUUGGAAAAAAGAAACUUGCGAAACAGCUUGGCAAUCGGAUUGCCUCUACGCUAGGAGCCCAUGUGGCUCAAGUGGUAGGUCACACAGUCCUCUUAUACCGUCCAGGAAUUCGUCCCGUAUUGGAUCUGGAGGAACUCGUCAGGACACAAAAUGUCGACGACGAAUAAAACUAGGAAUGGAAAGCCAUUGAAAUUUCAGCUAUUUAUAUAGCGAUGUUGUUUUCAACUUGAAAAUAAAAUAAAGUCAUGAAC